AGGAGGCGACGAGUGUGAUUUCAGAAAGUGAUUAGUUUGUAUGAAAUCACACACGACUUGCAGCGUUAAUCUGGACAACACCAGCGGCGAGCACUUUAAUGACUCUGCACUGACGGAUCAGAUCAGAUUAGCUGCUAUUUUGCACAGAACGAACUACUAGAACUGCGCACCAUCACAAUCAUCAUCAGUGGACAAUGAGGAAGGUUGCUCUGCUGCUCAUUGUGCUGCUCGGCGUUGCCCUUUUCGCAACUGUCAGUAAAUGUGAAGAUGACCUAACAGAGAAGGAGGAAGUGGAUGAUGAUGAUGAUGAUGAUGAUAACGAAGAUGAUGACGACGAUGAUGAUGACGAUGAUGACACAGAAGUGAAAGAAGAGAAUGGGGUUCUAGUUCUCACUGACAACAACUUUGAAACUUUUAUUGAGGGAAAGGACACAGUUUUAGUGGAGUUUUAUGCUCCGUGGUGUGGUCAUUGCAAGCAGUUUGCGCCAGAGUAUGAAAAAAUUGCACAGACUCUGAAGGAGAACGAUCCUCCCAUACCUGUGGCUAAAGUGGACGCAACAGUAGCCACUACCUUAGCAAGCAAGUUCGACGUGUCGGGUUAUCCCACCAUCAAGAUCCUCAAGAACGGGGAGCCGUUGGACUACGACGGAGACCGGUCACAGAGCGCCAUCGUUGAGAGAGUGAAAGAAGUGUCUCUGCCUGACUGGAAACCUCCACCUGAGGCCACGCUGGUGCUGACCAAAGACAACUUUGAUGAGACAGUAAACAAUGCAGACAUCAUCCUGGUGGAGUUCUACGCCCCAUGGUGUGGGCACUGCAAGCGCUUGGCCCCAGAAUACGAGAAGGCAGCCAAGGAGCUGAGCGAGAGAAGUCCUCCCAUCCCUCUGGCCAAGGUUGAUGCCACCUUGGAGAGUGAGCUCGCCUCACGUUUUGGAGUCUCAGGUUAUCCUACCCUGAAGAUCUUCAGGAAAGGCAAAGUGUUUGACUACAACGGACCCAGAGAGAAGUAUGGCAUCGUUGACCACAUGAGUGAGCAAGCAGGACCUCCUUCCAAGCAGGUCCAGGCAGCCAAACAGGUGCAGGAGCUCAUCAAGGAUGGUGACGAUGCCGUGAUAGUCGGAUUGUUCUCCAGCGAACAGGACGCAAGUUAUGAGAUCUACGUCGAGGCGUGUAACACACUGAGAGAAGACUUCACCUUCCGUCACUCCUUCAGCUCUGAAGUGGCCAAACUUCUAAAAGCGUCUCCUGGUCAGAUUGUUAUUAUUCAGCCUGAAAAGUUCCGCUCUAAGUACGAGCCAGCAUCACACACAGUCACUGUGAAGGAAUCUACAGCAGUGUCAGAAGUUCAGGACUUCUUCAAAGAUCACGUGAUCCCUCUGGUGGGCCACAGGAAACCCAGCAAUGAUGCCAAACGAUAUGCCAAACGCCCCCUGGUGGUGGUUUACUAUGGAGUUGACUUUAGCUUUGACUACAGGAAAGCUACUCAGUUCUGGAGGUCAAAGGUACUGGAGGUGGCCAAGGACUAUCCAGAAUAUACAUUUGCCAUCGCUGAUGAGGAAGACUACGCCGAGGAGCUGAAGAGUAUGGGUCUAAGUGAGAGUGGAGAGGAAGUGAACGUGGGAAUUCUGGACGAAGGAGGGAAAAAGUUUGCUAUGGAACCAGAGGAGUUUGACUCAGACGUGCUUCAAGACUUUGUCGUGUCAUUCAAAAAAGGAAAGCUGAAACCUAUUAUCAAGUCUCAGCCAGCGCCAAAGAACAACAAAGGUCCAGUGAAGGUGGUAGUUGGAAAAACCUUUGAUGAUAUUGUAAUGGACUCCCAGAAGGACGUCCUCAUCGAGUUUUACGCUCCGUGGUGUGGCCACUGCAAGAAAAUAGAGCCUGAAUAUUUGGCUUUGGGCAAAAAAUACAAGGGGGAGAAGAACCUUGUGAUCGCCAAGAUGGACGCCACAGCCAACGACGUGCCAUACGACAGCUACAAAGUGGAAGGCUUCCCUACGAUAUAUUUUGCACCCAGUAACAGCAAGCAGAACCCUGUCAAAUUGGAAGGUGGGGACAGAACAGUGGAAGGUUUGAGCAAGUUUGUGGAGAAACACGCCACAAAACUGUCACAGAAGAAAGACGAACUUUGAAUCAUUUUCUCAAGCAGAGACUUUGAGGAACAGGAAAAAGGGACCUUAGUGAGAUCGGGGCAGUGUAAGUGAGUUACAGAGAUGAUUCCUAUGUUCAAAAAUUCAUUUGGUUUCUGUUCAUUCCAAGAGAUUUGACUUUUUUUCAGUUUCUGAAGGCAUGUAAGCACUGUUGACAAUUUUUAAAUAAAACACAAAAAGUUGGCAGCUUUGUGUGCCAACACUUGAA